CGCAGUGGUCUGCAAUAAAUUUACUCCAAUGGGUCCAUCAUCACUUUCAGACCUCAAGAGGAAAGACCUCUUCCAGACGAAGGGUUAUGUAAAUGCAGAAUGGGUGGAGGCAAAGUCAGGCAAGACAUUUGAUGUCCUUGACCCAGCAACGUUGAAGAAGCUAGCAACAGUGCCAGAGAUGGGAGCUGCCGAUACAGCACUUGCAAUUGAAGCGGCCUACCAAGCUUUCAAAUCAUACAAGAACACAACAGCUCGUCAGCGAGCCCGUAUGCUUCGAAAAUGGAACGACCUGUGUCUGGAACAUAUCGAUGAUCUGGCCUUGAUCCUUACACUCGAGAAUGGGAAGACCUUGACUGAGGCCAAAGGAGAGGUUACCUACGCGGCCUCUUUCUUAGAAUGGUUUGCUGGCGAGGCCGAAAGGGCACAUGGUGAAGUGGUUCCUGUUGCGAAUCCGAAUCAACGGAUCUUGACCUUCAAACAACCGGUGGGAGUAGCUGCUUGUCUGGCACCAUGGAACUUUCCAAUUGCCAUGAUUACCAGGAAGGUCGGAGCAGCAUUGGCAGCAGGAUGCACUACGGUCUGGAAACCCGCCGGGGAAACGCCGUUAAGCUGUUUGGCACAAGCAGUGCUUGCUGAAGAAGCAGGGUUUCCAAAGGGAGCGAUCAAUGUGGUGACGACGCUUGACUUGGUGGCAGAGGUUGGCAAGGAGCUUUGUACAAACAAGCUGGUGAAGAAAUUGAGUUUCACUGGAAGUACUCGGGUUGGAAAGAUCUUGGCAGAGCAAUGUGCUGGAAGCAUCAAGAAGCUAAGCAUGGAGCUGGGAGGAAACAGCCCAUUCAUCGUGUUUAACGAUGCAAAGAUUGAUACUGCUGUGGAAGCUUGUAUCCUGGCCAAGUUGAGAAAUUCGGGACAGACUUGUGUCACUGCGAACAGAAUUCUAGUCCAAAGCAAAAUAUACGAGGAAUUUGCAGAAGCUCUGACGAAAAGGAUCAAGGAGCUGAAGGUUGGAAAUGGGACCGAGGAUGGUGUCUUCAUUGGUCCAUUGACCCAUGAAAGAGCUGUGGAGAAGGCAAUGAUUCAUAUCAACGACGCAAAGAAACACGGCGGGCAGGUUGUUCUCGGAGGAGCUCCACUGGAAGGAAUGGGCGGAUACUUCCUGCAACCCACCAUAAUCAAGAAUAUGAAUACGGAGAUGUUGACGACAAGAGAGGAAACCUUCGCGCCGGUUGUAGGUCUUUAUAAGUUCGAGACGGAGGAGGAAGCAAUCGAUAUGGCCAACGACUGCGAAGUUGGGCUUGGGGCUUUCAUCGUAACUGAAAGUAUUCCUCGUUCGUGGAGAGUGACGGAGGCUCUCGAGGUAGGAAUGGUUGGCGUGAAUCUGGGACUUCUUAGCGCGUGUGAAAGUCCAUUUGGGGGUGUGAAGGAGAGUGGCUAUGGUCGCGAAGGCGGUCGGCAGGGUAUUCAGGAGUAUUUGUCUGUGAAGUCGAUGUUGAUUAAUGUUGCCAAUUAG